CGGAAUAUAGAUAUAUAUAAAUCUAUAUAAAAAUGUCAACCAGUCGCCGCUUGGCCAAACGCUCAAUAAUCGGCACCAAAGUGUGCGCUCCCGGUCCGGACGGACUCUGGUAUUCGGGCGUAAUCCAGGACGUUAAGACGCCCGCGUUAAUGUCCGGUGCAUUGGCGCCGCCGCCGGAGCCAAUGCCCCCGCCCACUUUCCUCGCCCCCGGCGAUGCCCAGUUGAACGCGGAUACUCGAUAUAUUGUUCGAUUCGAUUUCAAAACGACUGUCGGUGUCGGUGUCGGUGACGCGUCCGUCGCGUCCGCCACGUCAACAUCCGUGUCUCCAUCGGAUUCGGUUAUUGUGGAGACACGACGUGCCGCUGCAGCUGCCGCCGCUGCCGCCAGUGGUCACAUCAGUCCGGCGCAGGCAUUGCGCCGUAAUGCCAUGACAAAGGAGUUUCGUGAAUCGGAUCUAAUCGGACCCGGCUUCCGAUCCAUAAUGAGCAUCCAAUUACAGCCAGGACAACGCAUCUUCUUAACCUACAACGGACGCGAACAGAGCGGCGAUGUUGUCCAACAUGAUGUCAACAAGGAUGAGGUCGUUGUCAAGAUAACCACAAUUGGAAAUGAGGAACCCAUCGAGCUAAAGAAGCGUUUGGAGGAAGUACGUCUGCUGGAGUCACGUCGCUCCGCUCGACUCGCCGAUCAGGAUCGUGACACGGACUUUGCUCGACUGGCCGACAUGGGAGGCGAUCGUCGCCGAACCACACACAGUAUUGAUGUGCCAUUGACGCUGACGCCGUCGCACAACUCACGAAAGCGUCCGCAAAGCGACAACUUUGAUUGCAGCUGCGAUCAGUGCAAAAAAGAAUCAUGUCAUGCAGCAUUAAUUUUACUACAAAUACAAAAAUCAACGCAAAACGCGGAAAUUUGGAUGGGCUCCAGUCCAGGCAGCAGCUCAUCGGCCUCUUGGAGUUCCGGUUCGGCAUCGCCGCCAUUGAGCGAUGAUGGAAACGCUCUCCAUGGUCACAUAAAUCUAUCGCCACAUGAUGCGGCCACAACAUCGGCAAAUGCACGCAUACGCACAACAUCGGUGUCCACAUCGGAUGAGGGCAUUGUCAUCGACUUCAAGGAGGAGCGCAAGAAGAAGGUGAGUGCUUGCCACACCGCAUUGCCACACUGCUCCACAUCCACAUCGACAUCCCGACUUUGCCAAAUGCCCAAUGCUUCGAAAAAAUUCCGCUGUACCUUUCCAGGAUGCAGCAUCGUGGAGCUCACACAGUUGAAAAUUGAACGACACGUGAGGGACAAACAUUUGGGCAAGAAAGCUAGACACUCUGGCGACUCGGAUUCCUGCAGUGAAAAUGAGCACGAAGAGGAAUUCUACUACGAGGAAGACGACGACGAUGACGAGUUGGUCAAAACGCCUAGUCCAGCAUCUCCACCCACGCUCAGCCACCGGGACAUGGCUCGUCCGCCGCACGAGGAUCCAGAAUACCAAAGACAGAUCGUUGGCAACUUCAAACAAGGACGCGGCAUGAUUAAUUAUCACCACCUAACGCAUCAGCAGCAGCAGCAGCAACAGCUGCAUCGCAGCAACAGCAACGGCAACGGCAGCGGACAACACAUCACAAGCACACAGCAACAACAGCUGAACAACAACAACACCAGCUGCAUACCAACAUCACCGCUGGCGCAUCACAACUACACAUGGUCAUCCACGGCUGCAAUCACAGUGACAUCCCACCAGGCGCAACAUCACAACAGCAGCAGCAACAACAGCAGCUGCAGCAGCAGCAACAACAGCAGCGGCAGCAGCAAUACGACGACACUAAAUAAACACGCACGCUCAUCAUCGUCGCGUCCGUCCCACUCGACAGCGCCAUAUCCAUCGCCGACAUACGUCCAUCAUCAGAAUAAUCACAGUUUUAGCCACAGCAACAGCCACAACAGCAGCAGCAUUGGUAGCAGUAAUAGCAGCAAUCACAGCCACAGCAGCAGCAGCAACAGCAGCAGUUGCAACAGCAGUCCGGUCAUACAUAGCAAUAGCAGUGCCAACAACAUGUUGCAGCAAUUGUCACAACAAAAUGUGACAGUGACGGCACAUCACACCACUGGUCUCACACAGCAGCAGCAGCAACAGCACCAGCAACAACAACACCACCUGUCUAGCGUGACCAUCACGCCCAACUACCAUCCGCCGCAGCAACAGCAGCAGCAACAUCCGCAGCAGCAGCAGCAGCAACAUUUGCGCGGCCAGCAACAGACAACUGCCAGCAACAAUAUUGUUGCCAAUUCCGGCCAGCAACACAUGCCACUGCAGCAUGUGGCCGUGCAACACACGGUGAGUGCGGCAAAGCACACGCCCAACUCACCGAAUCGUCGCACUCGUGGCGAGAACAAGAAAUGCCGUAAAGUGUACGGCAUGGACAAGCGGGAUCUUUGGUGCACUCAGUGCAAGUGGAAGAAGGCUUGCAGCCGUUUCGGGGACUGAAAGCGACAGAAAUCGUCGGCAGAGGCGGCAGCCCAAGCGUCGGCGACACUGCGACAAGGCGACACAUUAAAGGCAGGAGCAAUAGCAACAGCAACAGCAGCAACAUCAACAGCACCAGCAACAACAGCACCAGCAGCAGCUGCUAAAAUGACAACAACUGUGGUUCGAUUGGCGGCUGAAGUGGCAGCUGGCAAACAGCUGCCAGCAUCGCUGACUAUCAAAACCAAUCGACGCUAUGGCGUGCACCACAUACAACCACACAAGUACAACGCUAGCAGCAAUAGCAACCACACCACCAACAGCAGCAGCUGCAGCAGCAGCAACAACACUAACAAUAUCAAUAGGUUUACGCGCAUUAAAAGUGUUGCAACUUCGGUGAUUGUAUCGCCAAUUGGAGUUGCAACCAGGCCAUCGCCCACCCCCUCGCCCACCGCCAGCAGCAGCAACGAAGAUGCAGGAGCAGCAGAAGCAGCAGGAGGAGCAUUUGGAGCAGGAGAACGUGAUGAACAACAAGAAGAAGUUGCUGCUGCUAACGGGCUGCUGGCCUGGAGUCGUGCUGCCGCUGCGGGCCAACACCAGCAGCAGCAGCAGCUGCAACAUCAGCAACUGUUGCUGCUGCAGUAGCAACAAACAGUCGCAGUUGUUGCUGUGUAAACAGCUAUCUUAUUGUAGUUGUUGUAAGUUUGCCGUGUUGUCGUUUUCUGUUGAUAAAACAAAAUGAAAAACAAA